GCGGAGCUGGAGUCUCUCAACCAGUCCGCUGCCGACGUCAACUGCCUGGAGAAAGAAAUUGACGCGGCUCGCGAGAAGUACCAGAUGACCUUUAGCGAGAGCUUUCAACAGUUGGAACUACUUAAGAAGAAAUCCGCCUCUAGCAUCAAGAAAGCUAGACCUUACUUUGAGCUGAGAGAGGCUGCCAAAAAGGCCCAGCAGGAGGCGCUGCAGUCCGCCCGGAAGUUCCAGGCGGCGAACGGAGUGUACCUGGCGGCCAAAGAGACCAUCUCCCUGGCCGAGCUACGCCUGAUGGACGAUCGGGCUGUGAGUCUGUCCGCUGCCUGGCAGGAGAUGCUCAACCACGCUCUGGUCAGGGUGACGGAGGCGGAGAGCGAGAAGACGAAGACAGAGAAGGAACACUUGAAGCGGGCGGCUAUGUUUGCAGACAUGGAGCUCAGACUGCACGGCUUGGAGAAGAAACAAAAGAAAUCCAUAUCCAAAGCGAGGUCGUAUUUUGAAACAAAAAAGGAGCUGGAGAUCAAAUUGCAGCAACUCAAGCAAACCCUGGAGGACCUCCAGCAAGCCAUGCGCAGUGCCAAGCGGCGCUACUCCGUGUCUCUGCACCAUCUAGAAGCAAUCUCCAACCACAUCCACGAGAGACGCCGCCAGAAGCUGUUGUUGCUAUACCCCAGAGAGCCCGGGGUAGGGGCGGAGGAGGAGCAUGUUAUCUCCACAGAUUUAGAAGGGAGACUGGCGUCUAUGUCCUCCGCAUGCGACGAGCCACAAACUCCGUCUGAAGUGUGCGACUCUGAGAGUCUGUGUGGGCCUGACAGUGAGGGGGACGGGGACGGACACUGGGCGUUUGAGGACAUUCAAAACGAAAGUGUAUUCCGGGCACGCGUGCUGAGCACGUCACUGGACGAGGAGGACACGUCAUUCAUGGACGUCACUCGGAUCCGGGCUAUGAGGAAAGGGAAGCUCAGGGCUCAUUCUCUGCCUCUUGGAAUUGGACAAGGAGGAGCUAACAUCACUGACCUGUCAAACCCCAGCUCGAAACACCCAGGCCGUGUCAGUUCUUUGACUGUGUGUGGCAGUGACAUCAAGUUUGGGGAGGAGUUUGGGCAAGGUGUGAACCCAGACCGGUGCAACAAUACUCCGCCGGACGGCGACUCGCUCAGUCACGAGGAUAACCUCUCUUGUGGGCACGGGGAAGAGGAAGUUAGAGACAUCGAAGAUGUCACAGGGGAAGAGAAAAAGAGGCAGGCUCUGAGCGGGGAGGAAAGUUCUGGACUUCAGAGAGAGGAAGAUCAGCAAGUUGUGGGUGAGAUUACAGCUGUUCCAAGUUUGUGCACAAAAGACAUAGACACAGAGUCGAAAGGUGGUAGUGAACACAGCGUCGAGGAAAUUCAGACCAACAGCAACUUAGAUUCUGUGGUAAACCACAUAAAAUAUACCACAGAGGCGUGUGAAAGUUCUAGGUCGGACACUGCCAGGAAAGUUGUAGAACAAAUUGCUGAAAAUAGCACCGAACCUUGUCGCUCUACCCUACAGAGUCAUGAGAAAUUCCAAGAUGGCGGAGAAGCUAAGGCUGAGAGUAUGGGGUGCGAGAGUGUUGAUGACGAUGCCGGCCCAUGUACAUCAGUAAGUAACGUCACUGCUACGUUGCCACCUAGUGUGGUCUGACGAGCUGAGCUAUGACCAACAACUGAAAUGAAAAAUGGCUACUUUUGUGCUCAUUAAAAAACAAGAUUAAUUGGGGGGUGGAUGGGUGGGCAUGACCAACCGACCAGAAUGGAAACGUGAAUCACAUGACGGUUACUGUGUAGCUUAUAUCUCAUCUCAGGUCAGAGCUUAGAUCUUUCCUACCAAGAUUAAAAUUGAACUUAGACCGCGAGCAAAGGUCGGAGUUAGCAGACAGUGGGUCAUUGUGUUGGUCCACGUCUAAUAUUAGAACUGGAACUGCUCUGGUGUUGUAAUGGCGUUGUACACAAUUUCAAAGUUAAGACACCAAAAUCUCAAGUAUUAACGUCCUGUCUUCCAAAUAUUUCUUGUACUGAAAAUUCAGCAGAGCUUUUUGGUGCAUGUUGAUAUUGAUAUUUUAGUUUCUGCUGAUGUUCUUGACGUUGUUUUUACUGUUCUUGCAGCUGCUGUUCAUUUAAUGUUGGGUUGUGGGCUACAGGAAUGGGUGUACUUUUAGCUGUAGAUGUAUCCUAUUCGUAAAGUACUAUAAUCUAACAUGAUUUUCUUUUACACUCCUUUCUCCUAAGAAAUUUUUAUUUGGAGCUGAAGUGUAGUUCUGAUAUCGAUUUGUGGACACUCUUGAAGGAUUUUGAAUUUUAGUUUUACCUACUUAAAUGAGAACUCGGUGUUAUACUUGAAGUUGGGAUGGGUUGUUGUUUUUUUAAAAAGCAUAUUUAGGUAUGGUAGAGGAUUUGUUUUAUCUUGAAGAUAUUCAGAUCUACUUCCGAUUCGACAAGUGAGAUGGAAGAUGUCUUAAAUGUGUGGAGUAGCAAAGUUGUGUUUAUUUAUUUUGUUCAUAUUGAAACAUACUGGGACAUUUACACCCGAAACGUUGGAAAAAGUCAUAUGUAAAGCCUUUUUACCAUUUAAAAAGAACAACAGAUUUUAAAGAAAUCCAAACACUUUGCCAUAAAAAGUUUGGGUUUCUCAACUUAAAAGCGGGAGUUAUUCAUAGGUUGUUCUUGUGUGUGACGAUAUUAUUAUCUAGCCUCACCUUUGUGAGAAGUGACCAUGGACGGCUGGGAUAUGUUGGUGAACAAUUAAGAGUAUACCAAGCCAUGGUGGAUUGAUCUAUUGCUUUAGUUUUAUAGUCCGGGUUUUACAGUGUAAUAUGUUCGAGUCGUACGUAAUGGGCGAUUUAAGCCAAGCCCAGCUAUCAGCUCACUUUUUUGCUAAAUCAUGACGACAAACUUAUACCCACAUUUAGACACAUUUUUAAAUACUCUUUGGUAAUGAUAUAUGUGCUGAGGAAAACAGUGCGCUUACGAAGUUUGCCGACUUCAUUCUACGCAUACACUACAUUCCCAUGACUAGCUUCUGUGGUGUAGCUGUUAAGUGCUUCGCUGCCACCUGCAUAAGACGUGAGUUCGAUGCCCGUAUUGGGAGGUCUUUGUAUCGAACAUCUCUAUCUGCUUGAGACUUUGUAUCCGAGCCCGAGUUGGCUCUGACAGGCAGGGCGGAAGAAGCUCGUCUCAGGAAUGAUCUAAUAGAGUUGAUGUGGGUGCAAAUCAUCUCUUCAAUUAUAAUUGUUAUACGACUGGAGCCUUUCGGGAGGGGGGGGGGGGAUACCCAUCCUGUUUCUUGAAAGGAGUAGAUUUUUUAACUCUUUAACCUCCUGGUGGACAAUCUUCAGACUUUAAAUUCCAUUUAGAAUUUGCACACCAUGUCAUUAUUGUUUUACUCCUGCCUUUUAGCAGUGUGGCCAGGUCGUCUGCCUUGAUGUUUUCCCAAGUGCCUUUGCGAGAGACAGGCCACUGGCAGGUCUGAAGAUUGUUCCAGCUUUCGCCAAAUUCAUACUAUUAAUGGAUGUAAAAUUCAGAGCAAUAUCAAUCUCUUAACGCCAGAAAGUAUAAAAUAUUGUUUAAAUCCUCUGGGCAGUAUUCCUUGAAUAUGGUGUGAUUGCUGUGUUGAUAUUACGUUGGUAAACCUCUUUUUUUUUGUACUGUCUCAUUGGGUAUCCAAGUGCAAUUACGUACGGCUGUUUUUGGUAUGAAGCACAUUUAUACAGGCCACACAAAGUAAACUAUGCAGUUUGUAUGUCUGAAAGUUUUGAUUUCUGGUUCCAUUGACUGAGAAGAGGUAACAAUAUGCAAAGAAUGUCUUCUACUGAGCUAUGUACAGAUGUAUGUUAUUUUAUUCUUUUGUGUAUUGUAUGUGUAUACUUUUUUAUCUUCAUAUUUGAGUGUGAAUGACUGAAGGAAUAAAUGCACGAGCGAGUGAGUGAACGUGUGCGUGUGUGUGUACGUCGUGUGUGUGUGUGUGUGUGUGUGUGUGUGUGUGUGUGUGUGUGUGUGUGUGUUUGUGAGUGUUUGUUUGUGAGUGUGUGUUUUGGUGGUGAGUGUGCAUUAGAGUACUGAUGUUCUACCUGAAUAUUCAUUUAAAAGUUGACAUGUGGGUGUAUGGUACAGGGUUCAUUCAUUGAUUAAAAAGUAUAUUUUUACAUAUGUUCAAGUAUGAAUAAAGUAGAACAAUGAGGUUUCUGACUCAUUCUGCAAA